AUGGGAUCCAACGUUGAGCUGGUAUGGCCAGAGUCAGAGGCAUAUUCCUCACGGGUGAACAACUGCUCACAUGCAAAUUCAUCCCUAGCUGUAAUUCGAGCGAAGUUGAGUGCCGAACAAUUAGAACAAUUCAAGACAUCAUGCUUUGGCCAUCUUCUGAAUAUAGAUAAGAUUCAGUUUAGCGGGCAGAUUGUGCAUGGGGUUGUGUUGCGUAGAGUAGCGGGGCAGGGUGUGAAAGACUUGGAUGGACUGAGUUUCUUAAUAGGGUGCGACGUUGCUCAGUUCACUCGUCAGGAUUUCUGUUUGAUCUCAGGGCUUCGUUUUGGGGAAGUGCCUGAAGUUUCCAGUGGAGAAAGUGAUGAAAUUAGACUUCAGAAAAGAUAUUUUAUAGACGAAGGAAUUACAUGUAAUGCUUUAGAAGAAGCAUUUGUGAGGUGCACAGAGGAAGAUGACGUCUACAAGCUAGCUCUUGUUUACUUUGCUGAGUUAGUGGUUUUGGGAAGGGACAAACAUUUGAACAUCAAUCUAAAUUACCUGACCCUUGUAGAGGACUUGGAUGCGUUCAACAGGUUUCCAUGGGGUUCGGUGUCGUUUGACAAAACCCAAGACAGUCUGUUUUCUGCACCAACAAAGUAUGUGAAAAGCUUUGAAAAUGAAGAGGGAAGAGGGAAGGGGAAAUGUAAGGUAACCGGAACAAGCCGGAGAAAUGAGAAGGGCAAGAAGGAUAACCAUGGUGAAGUGCAAAGGGGUGGCUGGAGUUUUAAAGGUUUCACGUAUGCUUUCCAGAUUUGGGUAUAUGAAUUAAUUCCUAGAAUGGUGGACCUGAAUUACUGCAAGGUUGUUGAUCCGACAGCUCUCCCGCGUAUUUUGCGAUGGAGAACUACUACGUCUGUUCCCGAGAUGAGAAAGUUGAACAAUUAUUUUUUCCAAAGCAAAGAGUCAGUUCAGUUGCGGGCGCUAUGUCCAAGUGAAGAGGAAAUGAGACAACCAUAUUGGAGUUGGCCACAGGGUCGCCCUGCUGUUGUCUCGGCAGAGUCAAUUCCUUCUUCAUGUGCUGACCUUGAUGAGUUGAACAAGGCGGUAAGCUUGUUGAGGUCCGAGUUGUUUCCGGUAAAGCGGGGGGAAAGGACGUCCUUGAGUUCCCGGUCCUCGGCUGGCCCCCCUUUGGGCCCCGUUUCGGUCUCCCUUUUGGCCGGCAGUGAGCCGGGACCCGCUUUCUGCACGCGCGGCCGACUCGUCUUGUGUGUCCCAUCUAUUUCAGGCUCUGCGGCCGGGCUGGCCGGCACGGGCGCCGGGCCAGUCCGCGCCCUGCGCGCGGCCCCCUGCCGGGCCGCCUUGACUGGGGGGGCAGGGCCCCCUACACAGACUGCGGGCGCGGCCGGCCCGCGGCGGGGCUUGCCCGGGGCCGGGCCAGCCGCCCCCUGCGGGCGCGGCCCCGGCCGCGGCGGGCUUGCAGGGGUGUGGGGGCACGUGCCGCCGGCCCUGGGCGCGGCACGGCGCGCAGGGGCUGGCCGGGGCCACGUGCCAGCCACCCGGGAGGUCGAGGCAGCCCCCCCCCCCGGCCCCGCCGUGAGGGCGGCGUGA